AAGAGAGAGGGUGUUUCCCUGAAGAUAAAUGGUGAACCAAAAAGGGGUCAACAUGGAGAGGCUAGUACCAAGAUUUAUUUGUCAAAGACCUCCACAAAAGAUGUCAAACACAGGCUCCGGCUUUCAGAGAAGCAUAGUAUGAAUGAUGCUAAAGAUGAUGGUAAAGGAAACAAAAGGAAGAGCACGAAGAGAAAACACUCUUUGAGCAGGGAAAAAGUGCUGAAGAAUCAAAAGAUAGCAUAUGAUGAAAGCCUUGUUGGUUCCAAGAUCCAAGUUUAUCGGCCAUUAGAUGGUGUAUAUUACGAUGGUGUAAUAAAAUAUUUUGAUCCUGUAACGAAGAUGCACGCAGUUUUAUACAAUGAUGGAGAGGUAGAAGUUCGGGACUUAAAAGGAUGAAAAAUGGCACAUUGUCAGUGAAAUGCAGAGGCAUAGGAAGAAAGAGAGUGGAGGACUUGCUGAAACAUCAUCUAAGCAUGACGCGUGGGAUAUUUCAUCUCAAAGAAGUACAGAGAUGGAUUUGUCAAAUUCCUCCACUAAAGAUGACAACAAUAGGCUCCUGCUUUGUGAAGAGUGUCGUAUGAAGGCUGCUGAAGAUGAUGGUAUAGAAGAAAACAAAAGGAAGAGCACAAAGAGAAAGCACUAUUUGGGCGAGGAAGAAGUAUUGAAGAAACAAAAGAUAAAAUAUGAUGAAAGCCUUGUUGGUUCCAAGAUCCAAGUUUAUUGGCCAUUAGAUGAUAAAUAUUACGAUGUUGUAAUAGAAGAUUUUAAUCAUUUAAAUAAGACACACGAAGUUCUAUACAUAGAUGGAGAAACAGAAUUUCUGAGACUAAACGAAGAAGAAUGGCGGAUUAUUAGUGAGAAGCAGAAGCAAAAGAAGAAGAGUGGAGAACUUGCGGAAACAUCAUCUGAGCACGGCAAAAUGGAUAUUUCAUCUCAGAGUAAUGGGUUCCAGUCAUUAGGAGCAAGUCCAAAGCGUAAUGGUAAAUUCAAAGACGACACUGACGUUGAUCCCAAAUCCAAGGAGGACCCCUCCAAAUCUGCUAGCACAGAUAAGUAUAAGGAUAUGACUGAUAACUGCCCGUCAUGCCAUUUUGAUGAUGAAGGGCCUGGUAUAUUGAAAGGAAUGUUUUGCAGUUCCUUGAUGUCAAAGUCAUCUAAACCUGAUGCCUCUCUGAAGACAGCCGCCGGAUUGCAGCAAGACACCAUAACAACAAAAGCAAUGUCCAAAUCAAAUGGUAAUGCCAAUGGUGGGACUGGCAAAUAAAAGUCCUUUUCAAAGGGAAAAGAUACCGAGGGAUUGAAGGAAAAGGCAAGAAUUGUGAUAGAAACCAAACCAUCUAAGGAAGACCAACUGAAAGCAAGAGCAGAAAAAAGGGGAGCAUCCAAGGGUGAAGGAAUUGAAAGAAAGAGUGGGGAAAAUAGCUGAGGAAGUUGAGAGGAGCAAGAAUAGGAGUUUCAUCCCAAUGUAAUCAUUUCCGGGCACUUUUGUUCUUGGGUUUCUAGGUGGCUUGAUUUGUACAUGAUCUGUUUCUCUUUCCAGAUAUAUUAGUUCCCUUAGAGAUAAAUCUGUGCUGUUAUGGAGUUCAGUAGAUGUAUUGUUCUUACUCUUGGGGAGCCAAUGCACAGUAUGGUGUUCUGUUUAGCUUUCUUAUUAGUGACCUGUAGAUACUUGCGGUAUGUCUGUAUGCUGUGGCAUUGUAUCUGUGUUAAUGUAUUUUGGUUGUAGCAGCUUUAAUGGCAAUUAU